AUGACCUCGGCCGCCCCCCAAACCGACGACAACGGCGCCGAACACGAGCCGCCCCGGAUCCACGUCGCCGCUCCCGAGGCCCGCCGGCUGGUCCAAGACACCCUCCGGGGCAACGGCGUGUCGGCCGAGCACGCGGCGCUGGUGGCCCGGUGCCUGACGGCCGCCGACCUGCGCGGCGUGGACACGCAUGGCAUCAACCGCGUCCCUUCGUAUUGUCGCCGCAUCCGUCAGGGCGUGCUGGAUCCGGCAGCCAUCCCGGAGGUCAAGCAGGUAACCCCGGUUGUGGCCCAGGUCGACGGCAAAAAUGGCUUCGGCUUUGUGGCGGCCCACGCCGGCAUGGCGGCGGCCAUUGAGGCUGCCCGAGUCUACGGCAUCGGCCUCGCCGUUGUCAAACACUCGAAUCACUUUGGCAUGAGCGCUUGGCUUGUACAACAGGCUCUCGAUUCUGGCAUGAUGAGCCUCGUCUUUACCAACUCCAGUCCCGCCAUGCCGCCAUGGGGUGGCCGCUCCAAGCUCCUCGGCGUCUCGCCCAUCGCCUGCGGGGCGCCCGGCGGCGGCGGCGGCGACGGGGGCCCCGACUUUAUCCUCGACAUGGCCCCGUCGGUGGCGGCCAGGGGCAAGGUCUACAAGGCCCAACGGCGCGACGAGCGCAUACCCCCCGGCUGGGCCCUCGACGCGCAGGGCCGUCCCACCGAGGAUCCCACCGAGGCCCUCGCCGGCGUCAUGCUGCCCAUGGGAGGCCCCAAAGGCAGCGCCCUGAGCCUGAUGAUGGACGUCUUCUCGGGCGUCCUGUCUGGCUCUGCCUUUGCCGGCGACGUCACAAACCCCUACGACCCCAGCCGCCCGGCCGACGUGGGCCACUUUCUCGUCGCCAUCAAACCCGACUUGUUCAUGUCGGCCGAGGAUUUCAGAGCCCGCAUGCGCCACUUGUACGACCGCGUCGUCAACUGCGAGCCCGCUGCCGGCGUCGAUCGCAUUUACUUCCCCGGCGAGUUGGAGCACCUGGCUCAGCGCGAGCGUGAGCGGUCUGGCAUUCCCCUGGUGCAGGCUGAGAUUGACGCGCUGAACCAAGAGGCCGCGCGCGUUUCCGCCGAGCCGCUGAAGACGAUGAGCUAG